CAAUUGCCAGUCAUUAUCCUGUAGUCUUUAUCUGUAAACUUUGUAAAGACCGUGCAGACCGAACAGCCUUAACUUCGCCAGAACCGCACGCGGCGAGCUCCUGCAUUACAUUCUAGGCGUUAGAAAGUAAUUAGACGCCCUUCGAGGUACUGGACACCAUCCAGCGCCUUGGAACCCGAGCAGCUGAGGAACAGGCGGGAGCUGCGGGAACUCGUCGCGCCGACGCCUUUCGCUAGCCUGCCAUUGCACUCGUUCGGGCGACUGCAGCUGGUUAAGCUUCAGUAAGCUUGCCAGGAUGGGCGGCGUGGCACGCAGGUCCCACCCGCCCAGCCAGACGGGGCAAGGAGGGCACCAACCACCGCGACUAGCGGGCGGUACCUGGGUGCCCUUGCUGUUGGUGUCCUUCAUUGCGGCCGUGGGGCGCAUGCCCGCGGUAACAGGUCAGCUUACAACAAUACCAACAUAUCCGGUGGACUGGGAUGCUGUGCCCACGAUUCCACCAACCAGCACCAACCUCACGGCGAACUGCAACUGUGACCUCCGGCAAGAGGCAUGCGACCUGGGGUGCUGCUGCGACUCGAUGUGCCCUGCGGGGCUCAGCACGCUCUUUACCGACCAGGGCACGUGCCUGCCGCAAGGGAACGAGCAGCAGACGUUGAAGUAUUGCGUGCCCUCGGGCUAUGUACAGAAGGUCAACCUGCCGUCUAGCAGCGACUUCUACGUCAUAGCGCAGCAGGCGGCGGAGGUCAAAUUCUUCUCGCAGCUGCUGUGCAUCGUGGACGACAGCAACCCCAACCUGGGAGCGAACUAUCCCGACCCGCCCGCUGGGCCUGUGGGCGACAACCAGGAGCUGGCUCAGUGCCCCGCCGCCGUGUCGCCCCCAACCAAGUCCACCGACUACCGCUACGGCAGCACCGUGUACCUGCAGUACAGCGGCAGCAGCAGCAGCGUGCCCAACGGCACUGCGGGGCUGCAACCGCUCACCAUCCCCUUCCCCGCCUUCACGGGGCUGUGCAACGACGAGACGGCAGUGGGAUUCCUGGUCGGCACGCCUACCGGUAGCAAGAACUACUACGUCACCUGCCAGCGCGACCUGAGCGCCCUGGACCUGGCCAGCGCCUGCAGCUCGGCCGGCUCAGGCGGCGUGCUGACGCCGCAGUACUACAGCAACAUGCGCUUCAUCACCGGGCGGGGGACCGGCUUCGCGCCGCAGGCUCCCGUCACUGUGGCCAUCAAGUAUCUGAACCCCGCCACAGGCAACCUGACGUCUGUGAACAACACCGUCAGCACCUAUAACGCCACCACGGGCAUGUGCACCAACGUGAUCACCGACCUGAACAUCACCAUGUAUUACUCGCUGUCUAACCCUGACGCAUCAGACACGCCCGGAUACAUCGAUGCGAUGGAGCUGACGUUCGUUAUAACGGACGUUCUGGCAGCGCGGUCGCCGCUGUUGCAGAACGUGCGUGUGAGCUGGAUGGAGACGCAGGUGCCCCAGCCCAUUGAGGUCAUCGUCAGCGGCAACCCCGGCUACGUCACCGGUUUCCCAUUGUUGGCGGGCGUCCUUGCGAGCACUGUAGACGCGACGACGGGCGACACCAAGCAGGCCGUCAGCCGGUUUGUUGAGGGCAUGCCGAUUCCGGUGCCUGGACAUGCCGGCGCGUGCGAGCCCACCUCCAUUGGCAACGUGGCAUACGGCGCCAACAUCACCAGCACUUGCAGCAUCAGCCUCACCGCGAACCAGCUGCGUGACUUUUGCACGUUGGAAGGCACCAACCCCGCCAAGUACGUGCAAACGGUGAUUUCGUCCGUCUACCAGAGCAUUGUCGACAACAAGUUGUAUGUGGGCGAGUGGGGCGACGCCAACUACACCAACACCAACGAGUGGCUUAAGGUGUCUGUGUCCGGCUACCCAUUUGGCAACCUAGGCUACACGUCCGCCGACAACGCCUGCACUGGCGUCAUCAUCGGCUUUGACCUGCAGAUAGUCACCGGCGUGGCCUUUGCCUCCAAUAACCUGCAGCAGAAGGUGCUGUACGCCAACCUGUGCUUCAAGACGGGCGUUUGGGACUUCCCGGAGUACCUGCCCGGCAACACCUCCCGCCGCUUCUACCUGGACUUCUCCACCAGCUUCAUCCGCCUGCCGCAGCAGAGCGAGGAGGUGACCAAGCCCGCGCCGCCGCUGGUAGUGCCGCUGCCCGCAGACAUCUUCUACCCCUUCGUGGUGACGGACGGCGCGGCGGUGGACACGCGGCCGGCCGUGUGGGGCAUGCUGACGGCAGCGGCAGCGGCUCUGACACUGCUGCAGCUUUUGCCAUUCCGUGCGCGUGCGUAAUGUGGUGUGAAUGCAUUUCGGGAGGUGAAAGGCUUCCAAAGGACCACCUGCAUUGCCAUACGAGGCUUGUGGUGACGCCUAACAUUCACACGAGUGUCGUAACAAUGUACAGCAGUGUACAGGCACCUUGCUUGCUCAGUUCCGCGUGUUGCAUGAAUUCGACCUCGCCAGUGCGGGGUGCUAUGCCAUCAAGGGAGGUAGAGUCGUCGCACACUGUGGCCGUGCUCGGUGGCACGGUGCACAUGAGCGCGUGUACAUGAGCUUGGUGCGGUUUGAAGACGGCUGUAAAUACUUGACUCC